AUGCCCUUGCUCGAUUCAGCUCGUGACUGGAUCGACUCAGCAAUCGCUGCCCCUUCAGAAGUGCACGAGAAUGCAUCUCAAACCCUCGUCUCGCUGGCAUGGACGUUGCUCAUCAUCCCAAGCAUCUUUGUCGUGAUCGCAUUCGCCUGGAUCAUGUACACAUUCAGUCAGCCAUCGGAUCUAUCGCAAUCCAACGGCUUCAGUCACGCUGGCGCUGACGACGAGGAUGACGGCCAGGGCCAAGACGAGCAAGAGAAGCUGUUAGACGCUUUCAAUGAAUCACAAUCGCACUCUGCUACAAACGUAACCAGCUCAGCAUCAGGCUCAUCAUGGAAGAUCAAUAGCAAGUUCAGCACAACGUCGAGGGGCGGCUCUGUCUACACUUCUUAUCCGGAUCCAAACGGCACACAUACGCAUUCACCAAAAGGUUCCAUCUCUACUUCGUCAAAGUCGAAGCGCUCGAGUCUUACUGCCGAUGGCAAACCAAGCAGAUCGGUGGGGAGCAAAGCAGCAAAGGUGCUCGCCUUGAAUCGUGAUAGGAUGAUGCAGGAUUUGGAAAAGUUGGAUCCAGUCGAUCGUGAGGAGCUGCAAAGGUCUUCUUCACGCGCCAGCGACACUCGCAAGUCCGACUAA